UAAUGAUUAUGAUUAUUAAUAAUUUUUGUUUAAUUUUCUUUUUUAAAAGUAAUAAAAAUAUCUUGAAUAUUGUGUGACUCAAGUAAGGUUAGGAAUAGCUUCAUCUCUCAGCUUUUUCCUCGUUUACAGUGAGUGUGUUGUCGUCGUUGUCAUUUCUCUUCUACUACCCCAAUUUUCCCCUUUCAUUUUCCUCUCUUGAAUUCCAAUAAGCACUUCCAAUUCCAAUAAGCACUUCCUAUGGUUUGUCAAUAAUCACUUUUCUAAAUAAUUUCCAUAUCUAUCAAGUUCACAUGGGAUUGCGAACAACCUUUAGAAGGAGAAACAUCCAAGGUUGUUACGCUUAUUCUCUAAUUCAUGGAAUCAAUAAACCGAUCCUUAGACGAAUUUUACUCUCCCCACGCACGCGAAUCGCUCGACGAAUUGUCUGAGCACUUCACAAUCACCGACCCUUCCAUUUCAGGUCACCCUAUAGUCUUCGCCAGCCACGCGUUUCUCAAGAUGACUGGCUUCACGCGCGAUGAAGUUGUUGGUAGAAGUGGUGCCAUGUUUCAAGGUCCAGCGACGUGUCGUAGGGCGGUGAUGGAAAUUCGUGAAGCUGUUAGGGAAGAAAGAGAGGUUCAAGUUGUUUUGGUUAAUUAUCGUAAAAACGGCACGCCGUUUUGGGUUUUGUUGAAUGUUUCUCCUGUUUUUAGUGCGAACCGUGGUGCUGUUGUUCAUUUUGUUGCUGUUCAGGUUCCGCUGCGUAGGAAACCGAGGGUUUGUGGUUCUGGUGGUGGGUUUUCUCAGGUGAAUGAGUUUGUGUUCCGGUGUUGUCGGAAGGAAGUUUGUUCUGAUUCUUUGGCUGAACUUAGUCGUGUUUCUUCCGCAAAUCGAGUGUUGGAACAUGAUGUCUCGGAAUUGGAGAGUGAAGAGCCACGUGAGGCAAGUGGUGAUGAGAGGAGAAGUGCUGCGACGGCCAUGGACAACAUCUUUUCUGUGCUAACCCACUAUAGUGAGUUGACGGGAAAAUUGGUGUGUAGAAAGAGAUGCAGCAUUCCUGACGUGGGUCUUCUUAGCUCUUCCUUGAUUAUUUCUCUUGGUAGAAUCAAACAAAGCUUUGUAUUAACUAAUCCACAUUUGCCAGACAUGCCUAUUGUUUAUGCCAGUGACGCCUUCAUGAAAUUGACAGGUUAUGCGAGAGAUGAGGUAUUGGGCUGCAACUGUAGAUUUUUAGGUGGAUGCGAUACUGAUGCCUCAACUCUACAUCUGAUAAGGGAGAGCAUCAAAACUGAACAACCAUGCACAGUACGUAUUUUGAAUUACAGGAAGGAUAAAAGCUCAUUUUGGAAUCUACUUCACAUCUCACCUGUUCGGGAUGCUUCUGGAAAGUGUUUUCUUGGACUGGAAAAACGAUUUACCAGUACAAGGAUUGGGGAAGCCAAAGGUAGCAUACUUUGUCGGAGUCCAAAUAGAAGAUGACUAUAAAAACGAUGAUUUUAGGCGGUGUUGGAGACCUGACAUGAAGCAGCUUAGCGUGGUUGGUGUAGUCAAGGUUGCAGUGAGGAGUUUAUCCAUGUCUGCCGGGUCGUCAAAUACAUAGUCAUAGGAUAACUUAUGGUGGAUUCUUUGUCUUUGGCUGGUUUAAUUUAUGGGUUUUCAUAGUUAUGCUUGCUCCCUAAAAAAAUGUUACACCAUGGGGAGAAAUUAUCAAUCUCAGCUAGUUAUCGUUGAGAUGAUAGAGGGGUGAAAAAUUGAUUUAUGAAAGAAAAAAGUCCAUAUUGUCAAUUGUAAUUGUAACUUGUAAAAAACUAGACAUUAUAUGUUGAAAGUCUAUAAAAUGUGCUCUUUUUCUAGCAAAAGAA